CAUAUUUGAUUACAAUAGUUGACAAGAUGGCGGCUGCACGUUCAAAAUAAGGUGUUGAGUGAGGGAUAUUCUGUCUCACAUUUUAACAACACAAUGCCGUCCAUGCUAGAGGUGGGAAUGCCAGUAGCCCAGCAUAUGGGUGAUCCCACCAAGCUUGUGCCCGCACAAAGCCCCCGUCAAAUGAGCUUGUCAAAAAUGAAUUAUUAUGGCAUUGAAGUUAUAGACAGUAUUGUGUGGCAGGGCUGGGAGAUAGGAAGGGAGUACACCAAGAACAUUAUUCUCAAAAAUGUUCACAUCAAAACACAGAAAGUCAAAUACAAAAACCCCAGCAGCCGUUUUUUUACCACCCUGUACCCAAAACCUGUGGUGUUGAGUGCAGGAACCAGCUUUUCUCUGCCUGUCACCUUCAGACCAUUGGAGAAGGUCUUAUAUGAAGAUAAAAUUGAAUUCCAAACAAAGGAUGGAUCAUUUGAGGUUCCAAUCCGGGCCGUUCUGCCAGAAGUGGAUAUUGUUGUGCCUGCUUCCCUGGAUUUCAGCAUGUGUGCCGCUAAGGAUAUUGUAGAGAGCAACUUUCAAGUUUCCAACACUGGAGAUCUGGAAACACAUGUUCAGUGGAAAUGUGGCGACCCAUUCACUAUCGAACCUGUCAGUGCUAUCCUUAAGUCCAACACCUCCAAGUCUUUCAAGGCCACAUUUAAACCAUCAAAUGCCUGUGUGUACCAGGGCGAGGCUGUCUGUUUGUAUGGGCCUGACCUCAGUUUGGGAAAGGUCACAAAGUUAGAAGGAAUCGGUAAAUAUCCUCAUAUUCUGGUAUCAAGUCCAGGUAAACCUGCCACAACACUAAAUAAGGAAAACUUGGAGGCAGCCGUCCAGUUUGGUCCCACCCCUGUAGGCUCGACCACACAGAAGUGGGUGGAGCUUCACAAUCUGGCUCCGGUAAGAGCGCCUUACAAGGUGGAACAUCCGUCGAACACCAGGAUAGAUACAGUAUAUGACUGUUCCCAGAAAACUGGGAUAGUCCCACCCAUGGGAUCUGUCAAGAUUCCAUUCACAUACAGUCCUAACACUGUCGAUACGACCAGUACGGACUAUUUCAACGUCGUCGCUAUCGGCAACGUCAGCAAGAGUGUCAUCAAGUGUAGUGGAUCCUCUAAAGGUCCUACGGUACAGCUGAGCUCUAAGGUGGUGAACUUCAUGCAGAUUGAUAUCAAUGAUGUGGGCACAAGGACAGUGGACCUCGUCAACACUUCUGAUGUGGAGGCUGUUUACCAGUUCAUGAUCGACUGCAAUGAAAGUGUUUUCAAGUUUGAGAAGAUAUCUGGUGUGUUACGUCCAAACACGAAAUCAACGAUCAUCCUCAAGUUCCACCCCCAACAUCCAAUCAACUAUCACCGACAAGUCACCUGUAUGAUCCAUAACCAGGGACCGCUAUUCCUGGAACUUCUGGGUACCUGUCACGCUGAAAUGGUUAAACCAGCCGUUCUUCUGGGCAAGCAUCUGAAUCGUUACAAAGCCCACGUACACCGAGGAUUGAGUCUUUAUCCUCCAGAGCAAUUGAAUGAGCUGACACAUACAGGAAAGUUGGACAUCGAUGAAAAUGGGGCUCUGACAUUGCGGGAGGAUUGGCCUGUGAAAAUCAUAAUUCCAGAUGGGGGACAGUCGGUCGACAAAACUGUAAAUGAAUAUGAAGAUGUUCCCAUAAUGGACCAGUACUUUAACGACGGUUUCCAUAGCGACGUUGUGCAAUUUGUUCCCCACAUCAGUAUGGACAUAAACAAUGCCGACUUCGGUAGAUGUCAGAACAUCCGACUCGUAGAGGACCGGCAAUUUGUUCCCCACAUCAGUAUGGACAUAAACAAUGCCGACUUCGGUAGAUGUCAGAACAUCCGACUCGUAGAGGACCGGCAAUUUGUUCCCCACAUCAGUAUGGACAUAAACAAUGCCGACUUCGGUAGAUGUCAGAACAUCCGACUCGUAGAGGACCGGAUCCUGAAUAUGACCAAUCAUACCUGCGGCAAAGUCACUGUCCAGUGGAUAGGAGGGUCAGACAGGACGUUCUAUGUGACUCCCUCGGUGAUGGACAUUCCCCCACUGAAAUCCUGCGCGUUCCAGGUGUCCUUCAAGCCUAAUGCCCCUAACCAGUUUUACGGAGCAGAGCUGGAAUGUUAUACCUACUACAAGAGUCUGAGGGACUACCGUCUGGUGGAGGAUACGACUCACUUUCCUCCAUGGUGUUCCACACUCACCUGUACAGGUCAUACUUUCCAGCCCAAUAACGAGACCUUCCUUCCUCGCCUCAGUCUGGACUCACAGCGCCUCAUAUUCCCCGCCGUAAACACCAAGGAAUCCACGUAUCGCACUCUCCUCUUCACAAACAAUGGAACCACUCCCAUCUUUUAUGAUGUGGAGAAAGAUCCAACCUCUGUGUAUGCGGUGAAGCCAGCCAAAGCGUUACUGAGGGGCGAACAUCAGAUCUUUGUGGUGAAGAUCACACCUCCCGAAGUGAAGACUUACAAACAUGGUCUAAACUUCAGACUUAACGACAAUGAGAAAUACAACAAGUCGAUCCAGCUGUGGGGUUCUGCUGAGGCUCCGCAUGUUCUCCUGGACAUGGAGGGCAACUUGUUUUUCAAGCAGACCUGUAUCGGCACAUCAUCAUGUAAAUCUUACACCAUCAAGAACCUGUCCCGUAUCCCACUCAGGUACGAGUGGCACUUUACACACGCUGAAAGGAAGCUUCUUACAGUUACGCCAGACAGAGGGAUUAUACAGCCAAACGAAACUCAGUGCCAGACAUGGUCCUUUGUCCCUGAUGCUGAGAAGAAAUAUGUGAUGAAGCCGUCUCUCAUUGUGUGGGGCCAGGGAUUCAGUAGCAAUUCCUCUGGGGGGAAGAAGAAGCAGUUUGUCGUACGUGCUGUGGGGGAAGGAACAGUAGGCGAUGUCAAGGCAGAGCAAUCUUACCUUGACUUUGGAGAUGUAGUGGUUGGAAGUUCGGCAUCCAAGACCAUCGUCAUUACGAAUGACAGCUCCUGUUCCCUUCAUUACAAGCUUUUUAUUGACCAGACUCUGGAUGGACCUUAUCCAGAAGAGGUGACAAGAGAUGAUAAAAUUGCUCUGGUCCUGCAAAAGAUGCAGGGUAUCCUACCGGCACGAUCCAAACAGACCAUCAUGGCAAAUGUUUGUCCAGUUCGGAGAUCAACCUACCAGUUUGCCAUCUCGUACCAACUUAUCACUCCCGAGGGUACGAUUACCCAUAAUGCAGCAAAAGAGCCACAACAUCUGUGUCAUGUGCUGACGACGGGAGUGUUCCCCUUUAUGUCUGUCACAGACGCACGCUGCUACGGUAGCGCCAUCGGCAUCAGUAAAAAACAACUCUGGGGUCUGUUCUCACUAGACAAUUUAAAUGUUAGUCUGGACUCGGAUCCCUCAACUGAGGAGCUACGUUACAGUGUGGCCACCAGACACAGCCACAGUCGUCGUCCUCCGGUGUACACCAGAGCCAUACUCGACUUUAACUUCAGCUCGGCACCACUCGACAGUGAUCCUUGUAUUGUAAAUCUGAUGUUUGAGAACUCUGGCACUGUCGCCACAGAAUGGGCAUUCCUGUUCCCCGCUGACCUUCAGCUGGAGUUGGAAUACUGGGCGGAGACGGGGGAGUUUGACGAGGAUGAACUCCAUGAGAUGAAAGUGAUGGAUAACAAGCUAUUCACUAUUGAACCAAAGACUGGUAAGCUGGCCCCGGGAGAGUGUAAGACCGUCACCCUUACCUACAAACACACGAUGGCCGGCACUGAUCGACUCCCAGUGCUGCUGAAGCUGGCCCGCGGAAGGGAGAUCUUGCUGAACUUUGUGGGAGUGACAGUUGAGCCGGACAGGCGAUACAUCCACUUCCCAUCCAACAAACACAUGUUUACUCCGAUCCCUGUCGGGGAGAAGAACAGCCCUAAACAGACGUAUGAUUUGUACAAUGGAGGAGCGGUGCCUGUCAAGUUCCACAUUGAUCUGGCUCCUCUAGACCUGCUUACAAAGGAAAAUUAUGACCAGCCGAUCUUUGAGUGCCUGAAUCCUGUAGGAGAGAUACAGCCUGGACGGACUUUGGCCAUUGAUUGGCGAUUCUCACCCAUUGAAGCUAAAACCUACAUGAUUGAUGUUCCGAUACAUGUCCACAAUGGGGACACGGCUAUCGUGACCUUUACCGGGGUCGGUUACGACCGUCGUGUCAUGGGAGACACCAUGCCAAUCUCUGACCAGCAGGAUCUGACCGGAGUGCCCAGUAUACAGAGUGUACCUUUACCUGGACAGCUGGCGUAUCUGUCCCAGGAGAGGCUAUCCUUUGGAAACAUGCCACUGUUCAGCAGAGCCAGACAACUGGUGUUUGUUAUCAACAAAUCUCGUGACAGAGACGUGUCCUUUGAGUGGCAUGUCACAGCCCAGGCCGACAGCCAGUACCUGUCCAUCUCCCCUGUACGAGGACGGUUGGCACCAGGAGAAAGCAAGAUGUGUAGAAUUGUCUUUGUGGCCUGCAAAGUUCCGUCCUUCUACGACCUUGACCUCGUGUGUGAGGUUACCGAUGAAGUGGAAUUGAGAGACUACAAAAAGAGGCUGCAGAAUUGGGAGAAAGAACGGGAGCGACAGAAAUACGAGUUCACUAUUACAGAGGAUGAUUUGGAUGCUGAUAAACGCCUGCCUAACAAUGUGGAGAUCACAGAGCGACCAAGCAGUCGUCUCCAGGCCCUGGAGGAAAGAAAGAGGGCGGAAAGUGAAGGAGAGCUCACCAAAUAUAAGACGUUACCACCGAUCAAACAGCUAUCUCCUGACGAGGAGAAGGCCGUACAGAUGAGUAAGGAUCAGAAGGAGGCUGAACUCUGGGCCAAGCCCAACACACCCAACCCCUUCCUACUGCAUCUAGGUCUGACAGCCCGAACACACGACAUUCGUGAGUUCCAGAUCAACUUCCCGGAGGAAUACAAGAACUUCUACGUAGACAGAAUGUUGAGUGAGAAGCUGGCUGGACCAAUCCGACGUGACCAGCAGCAGCAGGACGACACCCUGCCACAGAUCAAUUGUACCCAGGCAGAGGCAGAAAUGGUGUCAGGAGUCCUCAGCAACGUUCUCAGAGGCCUACUGGACGACACUUACUUCCAAGAUUCUGUGAAGAAAGUCACCAAUGAGGCCAUUCCCUACUACAGCCAAAUCGGGGAGCAACGGUCUGCCUCACCUCCUGUUCCCUCCCAGGCUGAGUCCCAGAGUGGCCGGUCCAGUGCUGCCUCCCAGUCUCGCAUGUCUCCGAUGUCCUCCAUCGAUGUCACACUGGAACCGAAAACUGCCAGUCCCCCGGCCACACCCACAAGUGUGCCCUCAGUGUCUUUAAAACAGGCCGCUCCCUCAUCUAGAUCAGGGAAGAAACUCUUGAUGGAAUCCAAACAGCAUACAAAUGAGGAGAUAGAAAAAGUUAGCAAAGAGGAGGACCUACUCAAACAGAAGCAGAAACUUAAAAAACUCCCUGCAUUUGGCAAUAUUGCAGAGUCGAUUAUAGAGAAUUCCCUGCUCAACGUUAUGUCCGAGGCACUGAUGGAGGAAUUCAACAUUACAGCACGCCCAAGGUUUAUCGCUCUGCCCAAGCGAACAGCAUCAGCCCAAAGCAAAGCAACUAAAUAAGGAUGUUGAACUCAGAACUUUGAAGAAAUCGCUGUAUUUACAUGGGGGAAAAUGUAACCAUGUAACAAGAAGCACAAAAAAACAUUACGUCACUUUAUUGGAGCUGAACAGAAUAAGGUUUACAGUACAUGUUGACGGAGAACUGUACAUCUGUGAUCAAUGAGAAUGUUGACUGCUGUACUGUAUGUAAUAGUGCUGGUCCAGAGGUCUCUCUAUAGUGAUGACUGGGGAGCACCAGUACAAUGCCUAAACACUGCAUUGCCUGAUAACUAAUGUUAUACUAGCUUCACUACUCUGGCCGAAUUUUGUCCACAUUUUCGGAAAAGUAGAAAUUUCUUUUAUUUCUGGAAGUAUUUCUUUUGUUUGGUUCUAAAGUUUUAGUUUGAAAAUUAUCAGAAGCUUUUGGUAAUGUUUAAGCUUAUGAAUUCUGUAGAAUGUGAUAUUAGGUGUGAUUUUAAACAAAUCAUUGGUCAUGAAUUUCAUUUAUUAUUUUUUGAGUUAUUUUAGAUUA